UCACGUAUUAUGACAAACCUGAAACUCCAAUGACAUUUCUGAGAAACACAACUUACUUACAUGAAGACAGGCAGAGUGACUAUUUCGACUUCCAUUGUGAACGACAAUCACCUUUGUUCACUUUCUAUCACACUUCAUGGAAACACUUAGGUGUUGGACCUCCCCACAUGGAUAUUUUAUACUUAUGUUCCUCACAUCUAUCAGCAAAGGUUCAACUUGUCAGGCUCCCUCCAGUCCUCAGUGCUUCAGACAAAGUGUUCAGGAGACUAUUUACAUUUGUGAGUGGGACUUUGACACAGACGAAAGUGAUGUGACGUUUGAGCUUUACACUAAUGACUCCACUGUUAUUGAGAGAAAAUGUGAAAAUGUUAAGGAGAAAUACUGCACGAUCCCUGAAGAAUGUCUGAUCGUUGGCAUUGAUGUGGAGCUUUGGGUUGAAGCUAACACUGGAGACUCAAGCUGCACAUCUCCCAGACGAACAAGUACACUGAAGAAUACAGUUAAAUAUAAAGAGCCACAAGAUAUUUCGCUGUUAUGGUUAAAAAACAGCCUUAAGUUAAGGUGGCCAGCUGCAGAGGACAAUCCAGCUGUGGCAGAUGUCUGGUUUCGACAAAAUGAGCAUCCAACGGAAACUUGGGAAAAAAGGUUAGAAAAUACUACCUAUGGGGCCUUAAUGCAUGAAGUCGUCAUUGAGAAUCUUUUGAAGACUUCAGCUUACCAGUUUAAGAUCAGGCAUCAGUCCACUACAGCCAAAAAUCCCCUGUGGAGCAACUGGUCUCCAGUUAUUACUGUUCCUGCAGGACUUGAACAUAAACCUGAAGUGACCAGUACAGUAAGACUUGAAAAUGGCACUCGAAGGGUGGAGCUAACUUGGAAGCCAAUGUCACAUGCAGCAACAAUCACAGGUGUAAACUACAGCAUUAAUGACACACAAAGAUUCCAUAAAUGUCCUUGUAUGAAGCAAAGACAAGUCAGCAACACAAAAAAUUCCGUCAUUUAUGUCUCAUACUCGGCUGUCAACAUCACCAUUAUUGCCAAAAAUGCAGCAGGACAGUCCCUGCCAGCCAUUAUUCAAGAACCAGCGGCAAUCCCCACUGACUUAAAAAUUUGCAGCGAAACCCAACCCCACAUGAAAAAACUGAGGAAGCGGACCUGCCUUGAGUUGUACGAGCUUAAAAAUGAAGAUUUGAUACCAGAAAAAAUCAUAAUUUUGAAACAGAACAAGAAACAAGAAAAAAGACCAAAAGAGAAGCAGUUGGAGGACUACAUCCGUUACCUUUACUUUGAACACAGAUGUGAUGGUGGGAAACCACAGACAGUUAAGAUGUGUCUCUUUUAUGCCAAAGAGGGGGUGCCCCAAACAAAACCUAAGGACUUCAUGGCUUCUGAUGAAACACAAAAUUCUGCAAAACUCUCCUGGAAACCGAUUCUGUAUGAAGACCAGCAAGGGUUCCACACACACUACAACCUGUGCAUGGUGAAAAUCAGCUCAGAAAAUGAUAUCAAGGAGUGCUUCAACAUAUCCUCAUCUGCAACAAGCUAUCAAAUGGAAAAUCUGACGCCAGGCUCCAAAUACAACAUCAGCCUAGCGGGAGCGACUCGGGUGGGAGAAGGACCUGUGGCCUCAGUAGUUAUCAGCACAUGGCCAGAGAAGCCCACAAACGUGGGAUUGAGUUUAGGGCUGAUGCUUAUCUUCUUCUUACUUUCAAUAAUGUUCACCGUUAUCUGCAAAAGAAUUAAAGCUAAGAUCCUGCCUCCAGUUCCUGCACCUGUGAUUCCAGUUUUCGACAUCAAAAAACAAGAUAGUGAGGUGAUAUGGGAGAGGAAAGAAGAAGUGCAUGACCUUACACUGCAUCAGCUUUUCCCGGAGCAGAGAUACAUUUCAGAAGAAACCACCCUUCUCCAAGGGGAGAGUGAUGGUGGGACUAACAUGGAAAAGGAAAAGUACAGCAGUGACUCAGAAGGAUCCAAUGAAGAGUGUGUGAGCCCUGACUCAAACCAAGCACAGGAGGAAGAAGAGAUGACAGCCAUUGAGCAGGUGGACACAGUGCUCGCCAUGCUGACGUACAGAAAUGGUUUGGUGUUUGAUAUGAAGACUCAACAUGAAAAUAUGUGAAGGUUUUACUGCCUCAGGGCAUAUACUGUUUAUUUGCAUAUACUGCAAAUAAGUUUACAAAUGUGUUGUUUCGUGCAGUAAUGUCUUGUUGUUGAUGUUUUCCAGAUAACCAUUUCAGCAAAAGAAUCAUAAAACUAUAUUUUUGAAAGCUGCUUUGUAACAGUGCAUUUCUGUAUUGGGAUUGGUACAAUUAAUCAUCAUGAACGUACAAAACGUUUGAAAGGGCCGCAGCGUAGCCUAAUGGCU